AUGGCUUCUUCAAACUCACCGUCAGACGACAUUCUGUACCCCACGCACAUGAUAGACAAUGUGUCCAUCCUCAAAUUCCUCGUGAUGGCCUGGACCAUGCGCUUCAGCGACGUCUUGGACGCUAACAAACUUCACAAAUCGCUAUCGGAAUUACUUACCAUUGGCGAUUGGAAGAAACUUGGUGGAAGAUUGAGAAAUGGGCAUAACAAACGAGGAGCUCUCGAAGUUCAUGUCCCGACUACUUACACAAAUGAACAACCCGCCGUGUCUUACUCGCAUCAACAUUACGAUAUCAGCAUCGAAGAUCACAAUGCAUCAAAGCUAUUGCCAAAUGCGACUAGUCGACCGUCAACCUUUCCAGGAGCAUCGAGGCCUCGGGACUUUGGUAUAUCACCUGGUGCACCGGCAUCGCUGAAAGAUUAUACCAGUCGAGAUGUCCCCAUAAUAGGCCUUCAUAUUAUCACAUUUCAAGACGCGACACUUGUUACUGUUACGUGGCCACAUGUUCUCUUUGACGCAGUUGCAUUCUCUCAUUUGGUUCAAGCGUGGUCAGCAGUACUCGCUGGUCACAAAGAACGUGUCCCAAAUAUCAUCGGCGCCAAGGAUGAUGUCCUAUACAACCUUGGAGCUAUCUCUCAAGCCGGACCACAGUAUGCAGCUAGUGAAUCCCGAAUUCUCUCUGGUAUAGCGUUCAUAUUCUUCGUCGUCCGUAUGCUCUGGACCAUACUCACUCAGCCGAUCGUUGAAAGCCGCAUCAUCUGCCUGCCGAAAGACGUGGUAGACAAACUCCAUCAGCAAGCGCUAGAGGAUAUUAAGGGAGAGCACUCAGACCAGGAUGAUCCAUGGGUUAGUCCAAGUGAUGCCAUCUUGGCCUGGCUCACCCGCGCCCUGGUCGAUUUAUCUAAAGCACCCCGUCCAAUCAGCAUGACAACUCCGAUCGACGCACGCACCCGAUUAUCUCAACUCCAAAAUCCUGAUGGCGUUUACGUUCAAAACAUGAUCCUAGGGUCCUUCGUCAAUAUCGCACCAAGUGACCUUCACGCACCAUUGGGAAAGCACGCUCUCGCGAGCCGCCGAGGCUUGUUGCAACAGCUGGAUGAGUCGAACUUGAUAGGCAUCCUUCAGCUCUUUCGCGAACGUUGGGAUGACGGCAAAACAAGAGCACCAAUCUUCGCUGCACCAGGUAGUCAACUCCUGGUUACCAACAAUAGGCUCAAGGUCGAUCUCUUUACAGCUGCGGACUUUGGACCAGCGGUGAUUCAAGCUGGUAAAGAUAACCAGCGGAAGAACCGUGCUGGAAGGCCAGUUCAUCACUAUGCUUCAUCGCUCAAUCCUGGUAUUACAAUGAGGAACUUUGUCAAUAUUCACACUAGAGAUCUUGAUGGCAAUUAUUGGUUAUCUGGUUUCUUCACACCGAGGCAGUGGUCAAGGAUUGAAGAUGGGUUUAAAGGAUUAAUGUGA